AUGUUGGUGUCAUGUGAUGGUGCUAUGGUUUCUUAUAAUCCAAAAGAAAGGAGGUUUACUCAAGUCAAGUUUGAUGCGUCGAGGUUCACACCAGUUACUUAUAUCCCGAGCUUUCUUUCACUCAAGAAUGUUCCGAUGGCAGAAUGUGCGUUUGCAAAACCUGGUUCAACCUACCCUUAUUUCAACAGCGUUCGGCUUGCAAAAAUGCCCUACAUCAACAUCAUCAUGUCUUGGGUUGGCUGUGGUUUCGAGUUACUUGAACUUGCACAUCAAACUAACUACAUUGAUCAGCGUAUGUGUUUCCAAAAUACAAAUACAUCUUACCCCGAGCUACAAUUAGUGAGUUGUUGUAAUGGUUUGCUCUGUUUCUGGAAUGGACAACAUACUGACAGUCUUUACAUUAGCAACCCAAUUUUGGGAGAAUAUGUUGCCCUUCCGAAACCCAAACCACGGGAAGAACUUUAUUGUGUGGCAUAUGGGUUUGGAUUUAGUUCUGCCACCAACCAGUAUAAGGUUGUAAGAAUUGCGAGUGAAAAACGUAGGCAUUGUGUGCACAAACUCAUUCAAAAAUCAGGGACUAUCUCUCAGGUUUGUACUCUUCGAACUGGUACAUGGAGAAAUGUGGGUGAAGGUUUAUCCCCUGUUCCCGGAAAACGGUUUGGUGUUAUUCUGAAUGGGGCUCUUCAUUGGAUUGUAGGCUUUGAAGUUGAUAGUAUAUUUUCUUAUUCUAUAUAUUCCUUUGACAUUGAGGAUGAACAAUUCCGCCCAAUUCCACUGCCCCUAGAUAUUCGAAAUAAAAUAGAUUUUGUUAGUUUGGGAGUGUUGGGGAACUGUCUCUGUGUAUUUGAUAAUAGGGGGAGCCAUUCUCUUGAUAUAUGGUCGAUGAAAGAUUAUGGAGUUGCUACUUCUUGGACUAAAGAUUGCAUUUUGAGAAACACACUUCCGGGUGGGCUGCUUCAUGAGUCACUUUACCCGGUCAUGGUUUGGAAAGACGGAGAGAUGUUGGUGUCAUGUGAUGGUGCCAUGGUUUCUUAUAAUCCGAAAGAAAGGAGGUUUACUCAACUCGAGGUUCGUGCAUUGAGGUUCACACCAGUUACUUAUAACCCGGGCUUUCUUUCACUCAAGAAUCUUUGGGUGACAGAAUGUUUGAGGGUUUUGAAUGCCGAUUCAAAAUAUUCUUGUAAUACUAAAAGUUCACCACUGAUAGUACCAUGA